ACACUGACAUUACCAGAAAUAGGGAGCUGUCUUGCACAGGCGUUGCACAAUUCUGGAUGAAACCUUUGUGGGAUUAAAUUACCUUUCUGUUCGAUAUUGUACACAUCUCCUCAACAUAAAAGAAGAUGGCCCAGUGGUGCCAGCUCCAGAUGUUGGACUGUAAGUACCUGGAGCAGGUGGACCAGCUGUACGAUGACUCCUUCCCCAUGGACAUCCGACAGUACCUGAGCAAGUGGAUCGAGAGCAUCGACUGGGACACGGUGGCGAUUCAGGACUCUCUGGCCACCGUUCGCUUUCACGACCUCCUGGCUCAGCUGGACGACCAGCACAGCCGCUUCGCCCUGGAGAACAACUUCCUGCUGCAGCACAACAUCCGCAAGAUCAAGAGGAACCUGCAGGAUCGGUUCCAGGAGGAUCCAGUCCACAUGGCCAUGAUCAUCUCCAGGAACCUGAAGGAGGAGCAGAAGAUCCUGGCCAGUGCCAAGACCGCCGAGCAGGAGGGUGAGGGGACGGUGUCGGCCAUGGUGGUGGAGAAACAGAAGCUGGACAACAAAGUGAAGGAGAUGAAAGACAGAGUUCAGGUGGCGGAUCAGAACAUUAAGAACCUAGAAGACCUGCAAGACGAGUACGACUUCCAAGUGAACACACUGAAGAACAGAGAGAAUGAAAUGAACGGCAUGACAGCGAAGGAGCUGGAGAAAGAGAAGAUAACAGUUAACAGCAUGUGCUACGAACUGAAAACCAAACGUGAGGCCAUGGUGACACAGCUGACCGACCUCCUGAGCGUCACUCAGGCGUUGCUGUCGGACCUGAUCUCUGAGGAGCUGCCGGAGUGGAAGCAGCGGCAGCAGAUCGCCUGCAUCGGAGGGCCACCCAACGCCUGCGUGGACCAGCUGCAGAACUGGUUCACGGCAGUAGCCGAGAGUCUCCAGCAGGUCCGGCAGCACCUGAAGAAACUGCAGGAGUUGGAGCAGAAGUUCACCUACGACAGCGACCCCAUCACACAGAAAAAAGCGUUCCUGGAGAGCCGUGCACUGGAGCUCCUCAAGAACCUGCUCUCCAACUCUCUGGUUGUAGAGAGGCAGCCCUGCAUGCCCACCCACCCCCAGAGACCCCUGGUGCUGAAGACAGGUGUCCAGUUCACAGUGAAACUCCGGUUCCUGGUGAAGUUGCAAGAGUUCAACUACCAGCUUAAAGUCAAGGCCUGGUUUGAUAAAGACGUGACGGAGAAGAAAGGGUUUCGGAAGUUCAAUAUUUUGGGAACAAACACCAAAGUUAUGAACAUGGAAGAGUCGAAUGGCAGCCUGGCAGCAGAGUUCAGACAUUUGCAACUUAAAGAGCAGAAAGUUGCCGGCAACCGAACAAACGAGGGUCCUCUGAUCGUCACAGAGGAGCUUCACUCGCUCAGUUUUGAGUCGGAGCUGCAGCUGAACCAGUCCGGACUCAACAUCAAACUGGAGGCCACGUCUCUGCCUGUCGUGGUCAUCUCUAACGUCUGUCAGCUGCCCAGCGGCUGGGCCUCCAUCCUCUGGUACAACAUGCUGACCACAGAGCCCAAGAAUCUGAAGUUCUUCCUCACUCCUCCGGCGGCGAAGUGGUCCCAGCUGUCUGAGGUCCUCAGCUGGCAGUUCUCCUCCGUCACCAAGCGAGGCCUGAACCAGGAGCAGCUCAACAUGCUGGCUGACAAGCUGCUGGGAGCGAAAGCCCAGAGGAACCCAGAGGGACAUAUCCCCUGGACCAAGUUCUGCAAGCAGCAAAGUGCCAACGAGAAAACGUUUCCCUUCUGGCUGUGGAUCGAAGGAAUCCUGGAUCUGAUUAAAAGACACCUGCUUUCCCUCUGGAACGACGGCUCCAUCAUGGGCUUCAUCAGUAAGGAGAGAGAGAAGUUCCUGCUGACCAACAGGUGUCCAGGCACCUUCCUGCUCCGCUUCAGUGAGAGCAGCAAGGAGGGAGCCAUCACCUUCACCUGGAUCGAACACGACGUCCACGACAAGCCGCUCUUCCACUCGGUGGAGCCGUACACCAAGAAGGAGCUGACCGCCGUCUCUCUGCCCGACAUCAUCCGCACCUACAAGGUGAUGGCUGCUGAGAACAUCCCCGAGAACCCGCUCCGCUUCCUCUACCCCGACAUCCCAAAGGACAAGGCCUUCGGGAAAUACUACCCCAAACCCUCAGAGACUGCAGAGCCCAUGGACGUGGAGAAUGAUCCGGGCAAGUCGGGCUACAUGAAGACGGAGCUCAUAUCGGUCUCAGAAGUACAUCCGUCCAGACUGCAGGACAACAUGAUGCCCAUGUCUCCGGACGACUACAAGGCUUUGUCGCAGUACGUCAGUCCCAGAGACAUCGAUGCUGUGACCAGCAAUCUGAUAUCUGGAUUUGAAGGGUUUGACGUUCAGAUGAGUGCAGAGUUUUCAGACCAAAACUGAGGAAGUUUCUUCACUUCAUCCACACCUUCAUUAGUGUACUCAGUUCUAUCUCUCAUGUAUUACGCUCUUACUGGUGUUGGAAAGACCUUGAAACUCUUGAUUAUGGAACCAGGAUGCAGGUCAGCCCCCCAGAGACGAAAAAGGCCCAUUUGGACGAGGUUAUUGUUGGAUUAGAAACCGCCUCUGUGGAGAAUAAUCAUCUACACAACCUGAACCUGUUUUUAAAGCAACAAGGAGCUUUCGUUUUGUGUUGCUUGUGGAGAGAAGUGGUACGGUUUCCAUAAGCACCACCUCAUGAAGAAAGAUUAUUUUUCUUAAAUACAGCUGUUUGCCUAUCAUUUUAAGGCAUCAGUAUUUCAUUUAGACUUUUUUUAAAAACUCCUUGUAGCUGCUUUAAUUACAUACAGGUAAUGGUAAAUAAUUCCAGUCUGAAAGGGGCUUAAAUCAAGUUUAAACAUGAUCUGUCACUUUAUUUGUGUACAUAAAUAUUUCUUUUAUUAAAUGUGAAUCUCCCUAAUCCCAUAUGUAAAACAGUGAAAUAUCAGAAUGUGAUUCUGCUUGCUUAGAUCAAUUUGUAACAGAAACUGUGAGCUUAAAGCAUGAGUUUCCUGUAGCACAUCUGAGCUUUUUUAUUUAAGACAUUCGCUUUGGUUUUCACGUGUGAUCUAAGCAAUAAAAAACACCUGCUGAAAA